AUGAUGUUGAUCUCAAUCCUACUGAUCCUUCAUGUACAGCGGGAUCGUUACAUUGAAGCCUUACGCUGGCAUGGUGGCAUUGCAGAUCAUGGACCACCACUACCUUGGGAGGUGCAGCCGAUGAUUUUGCCCAACGACACCUAUGAGGCGAGCUUCUUGGCGCCCAGCUUGCGCCGGGCCAGCAGCUUCGUGAAGCUCUCUUCAAGUGUGUUGGGUGUGAAUGGCAUGGCCAGCACGGUGUUCACCAACUCCACCAGGAGUGCCAGUGACCAGAGUGUCACUUUGGUGGUGGGUUCUGGCACCUUGCCAAUCUGCAAGGAGGCCAAGGAGCCUUGCCUGGUGGCGGUGCAGCGGGGUGAGGUGGUUUUAGCCUGGGAUCCCAAUCGCAAUGAUGGCAGUCGGCCCUACAGCUGCUUGGCACGUGUGACCUUUCCUCAGAUGCAGCGGCUGACGACCUUGGCCGUGGACCUCGUGGCCUCGGUGAUCUACGACCGAGUCACCGACUCGAUCAUCACCUUGGGCUUCUCGGGGUCUCAGACCAUCAUCGCCGAUCAAUACCAAGCCUCCACGCUGAAGCCUCAACUCAGGUAUUCCAUCCCGAUCUCCGUGACGUGGCUGUUGCAUGCGCCGAAGAUGUCGGACGGCUUCCUGCUCUUCCUGGGCUCCGAGACGCCCUUCAUCGGGAGCAUCUUCGCCGUGGAUUUGCGUCGGCAGAUGAUCUACCAACAAGAUCCCCCGACGGGAGGCCCCAACCAACGACCACGGAGAUGGGUUUUGCCCUACAACAAAUUCGUGGAACGUCUACCGGACAAUCCGGCGGCUUCAAAGCAAAGCCAGGAUGGCCCCUGCUCCACACUGUGA